CACGAACCGGCAAUCUAGAAUUUCAAAGAACCAAUCCUUAAACGCUAGUAUACCGUUCGGAUGUGCGGCCGAGAGUCGUGCCGGUUUUUCCGUGAAAAAUGCCAAACGCAUCAGUGAAAGUGUGCAUUUGAUGCGACGAAGAAAGAAAUUUUUUGUGUACCUGAGGUGUUCCUAAAAAACCGAAAAAAUGUGCAGAGUUGCUAUCUUUGCUUGUGUGCUUUUACUAGUCAGUUCCGAAGACGUCCUCAUACGGACCACCGAUUCUUCCUUAAUCAGCGCCACUACAGGACUAUGUGGCUCUGAUGCAGAAAUAGAAUUGACCAAAUCGGGAGAGACAUCAACAAUGACAGUCACGUUGUCUCCCUUCGAACACAACAGCGUAUGCAAAAUGCGCGUCAAGGCCCCCUCGACCCACGUGGUCUAUGUACAGUUUGUGGAGCCCACCCCUGAGAUAAAACGCGCUCUCAAACUCAAUACCACCACCAAUCACCCCCCUUGCGUGAUGAGCUUCUUUCUGCCAGAAAACCCACGAGUGCCAGUCUGGAAAGGCGAUCCGUGUUCCGAAAACGCCUUGACAGAAGUGGAUCUGCUCACUCCCGAUUUCAAAAUCGUCUGGAACCCUCCAGCAAAUCCGGCGUUUACCAAAGGAAGAAAAUUCGUCCUGACGGCAGUAGGACAAGGUCAAGUGUGCAAAGAAGAAGGCCAACACACCUGCAUGAGGAUAGGAUGGGAUCCUAUGAUGUGCGUUGCGGAUAACCUCCUCUGUAACGGCUUCCCAAACUGUCCUAAAAGUUCCACAACGAGCGACGAGGACGAAAAACUUUGCAAAAAGAGUUUCUUCGCUCCAACGUCCUUAGAACAGUUAGCUGUGGAGUUAUUCAAAAAGUGGAAACCGCCAGAGUUGGGCAACAAAUGGCUUCAUGAGAAAUUAGACAACGCCUCUCCCACUCCGCCCCAGCGCAAACCCUUCAUCAGUUGGAGGGAGUGGCAAGAUGUGAGAAAACACGACAGCACAACCACGCCUACUCCGGAACAGACUACGCCCAAGAAACCGCCCAAAGCAACAGAUUCAAUCUCGCAGGUCUUGUCCAAGUACGGACCGUGGGGGUAUUUGAUGUUGGGGAUGUUGAUUUGUGGAACUGUUUUGAUGUUCUGUGGUUUGUGGGAGUGUUGUUUCAAGAAACCAAAGACUGAGAUUGAACCGCCGGUGACUCAGACUCAACCUACAACAGUGUUAAUAAUUAAUCAGGAAGAAGCAAAUCCGAGUCCACCGAACUACGACGAACUUGACCAACCGCCUUCUUACACUACUCUCUUUCCGAAUUUUAAAGUGAUUCGAAAUCCUGAUGAUAGUGGGCAUAGCACGAACAAUUGCCAAGUGCAGGAGCACAAUACGAACUCUUGUAAUGUACAACAAGACAGUACGAACUCUUGUGAUGAUGAAAAUAUGCAAAGUGUUAACGAAACCUAAUGCCUAUCAAAGACUUUAGGAAUUUAUGUAUUGUGAUAAUUAAUUCUCGACUGACUGAGUUUAACGCAACUGAACUUUUUUAAUAAACCGUGUAAAAGUUUCUAUUUAUUUAAAA